CGCCAAGAAUCCAAAGAGUUAGCUAGAAAACAACAAUAUUCAAAAGUUUAUUUUCAGUGUCUGUGGAUUUUUAGUACAAAUGAGACUUGGCAAGCGGAUCAACAUGAAGAAUCCUCGUCCUUUUUUUCUAUUUACAUUUGCAGUUGUUUUCGCUAUCUCAUCUUAUGUGACUGAGGUACAAUGUCUCCCAACUGAAAGCUCUUCCAAUCCCUGGCCUACAUUCCCUCGCAGAAAUGUGCAAGCACUCGCUAGAGAUGGCUAUCUUAGAAGUAUCGCUCCUGACUACAAGAGAAGCAUUUCUACAUUAGCUAAAAAUGGAAUGCUUCCAACAUUCAGAGCACCAUACAGUGACACUGACCAACAAAACCAAGAUGAUGAAGAGGUCCAUGAAAAACGGAAUCUCGCUUCUCUUGCCCGGCUUCGAAGCUAUACCACUAUGAAGAGAAACAUCCAAGCAUUAGCUCGAGACGGCUUCCGUUUUGGUAGAGGACAGAACAGUCAACCAAAUGACAAACGCAACGUAGCGGCAUUAGCAAGAAAUGGCCUUCUUCACAAACGUGAUGAAUUAACCGGAGAUGAAUACUACUUCCCAUUUUACCAGAACCCAAUACCACCUCUCUCAGAAGUCGAGGGUCCUUACGAUUUUAACGAAAUAUAUGAUUACCAACAGUCUCUUAAUCCCGACAUGUACGCACCGUUGCAGCAAGUAGUCAAGCGAAGUGACGUUGGGUUGGCACCCACUGAUAGUAUGAACAGAUUGGAUAGUGACGCAAAUUGGUACUACAAAAGGGGAGUUGUAGGAAUGCCAGUACACGGCCUUUACCGACCUGUAUUCAUCGACACCAACGGUUCUCCACGUAACAAGAGAUCCAUAUAUUCGAUUCCAGAUGUGAUUGAUCAUAAUGAUAUUCCUGAUUACGAAUCGGAAAAUGAUGAUAAGCGAUCAGUCGAUGAAGAGAUGCUUAACAAUUUCCAAAAGCGCCAUAUUGGUUCGCUUGCUCGGUUAGGAUGGUUACCGUCCUUUAGAUAUUCCGGGGGACGGUACAGUAGGUCAGGCCGCGCUAGGUUUCUGAUUCCGAGACAAAUGGAAAGGAAGUAUACCUAUGACGAGAAUUUCGGGACUGGGCAAUAUCUCUCUGAUACCGAGGCUGACCCACUCGUCGAUUCAAACAACUCCGACUUACCGCCGUCGCCAGUAUCUGCUCACACGCACCCGACCGGCCGGUACCUCCACAGAACGCUGAACGAUAUUCCCCACGAUAUUUCUUCGUCAACCACAUCCAAACAAGACGAUCCGUUUGUCAAAAACCGCUGGCACAACAAGGCCCUCCCAAAGUUCUAUUACUUCCGGUCACUCAAAGUCCCGUACCACACAUCCGGAAAACGAUAUCUAGACCUUCCAGCCCUUGACAAUUUACUCCUAAAGAAAACCUACAACAACAGUCUGCCAAGCCGACGUAAAAAUCAGUAGCUAUGCCAUUGUCCGUUGGGUGAAGCUAAAGUGCGUAAUUAAUCUAUUUUCUAGCCAGCCAGCCAUUAUUCAAGCUGUAAUCUUCACACCACCGGAUUGUUUCGGCAUAUAUCAAUUACUUAUGCAGGGAUCAUGGAUCUUGUAGACAAUAAUCUAGAUUAUAAUUAUUUUAACAAUGUUGUGAUUACACUAUAUUUUUUAAACAAUUUUGCUAGCGGUUCCUAUCGGGUAUCUUCUACAAAACGACUUCGGCCAGCACUUGACUUAAAGGAUUUUAAUAUAAGAUAGAUAAUUGUUGUCAAUCGCAAAUAUUAAUUCAAUUAAGUAGAUAGAUAACUAAAUUCUUAAAUAUUAAAGAAGUAUAAGGAAUAAUGUGUUUAUGAAUUAUUUUUAAUGUCAAAUGGUAUCUUUAAUGACUAGAGUUAGCUGUGUUUGACAAAUAAAAUUCUCUAAAAUGCUUUAACUAUUUAAAAUCUUCUGACAAUAAAUGAAUUA